AAGAAAUUUGCGCCGAGCCGCCGACGACCAUGAUGAAGCUGCAUUGCAUGCGCUGCAGACACAAUGGCUCGGGCUUGGACGAGUCGUAUGUGAACAUCAAUGCCACUAGCAUGCACAUGCCAUCUGCGUCGUCCAUGUCGAUGUCCGUGAUGAGAGACCGCGAGUCCUCCCAUGCCGACGUGAGUUCGCACGUCAAGAAGAUCCAACGACUGCACGCGAUCAGUGAAAGCAUCACGGCGAGUGCAACCACUUCCGUUCCAGCUCUGUGCCCCGAAUGCCUCCAACUUCUCACACAAAUGCUAGAGAAGAGCGAUGCGCGGGCACGCCAGGAGAAAAAGGCCCUUGCCACGUUCAUUGCAUCCGUCCCGAAGCCAACGCGUUCGACCAAGGAGCCGAUGCAACCGUCCGUCUUUGCCGUCAACUCUAUCGAUCCCACGAUUGCUUCCAUGCAUGCUGAACGUGUGUCUAUCCAUCUCGAGUUCCAGAAGUUGCAGGACGAACUUGGCGCGAUCGAGCAAGAGGAAGCCGAGAUGUGGACUGCCAUCAACGACAAACUCAUGGCGGUCGGCGAAGCCCACGACGCUCGUGACGCGAGCGUUGCGCGGCUGCUCGAGAUGGAGUCGCGAUUGCACAUCAUUCGGCGCAUGAACCUGUGGAACGACGCGUUUUACAUUUGGCACAAAGGGCCGUUUGGCACGAUCAACGGGUUCUGCCUCGGGCGGCUUCCACGGCAUCACAUCGACUGGCACGAGAUCAAUGCGGCAUGGGGCGACGUCGCGCUUGUCGUGCAGCUCCUGGCCGAAGCCAUGGGGAUCACGUUCUGCAACUUCCAAGUCGUGCCACUCGGCAGUCUAUCCAAGAUCGUGCGGCUGCAUCCGUCGCCAGUGUUGGAGUAUUCGCUCCACGGAAGUGACACUGACAACUUUGUCGAAAGCCCAUUCAACCUUGGUCUGGCGGCACUGCUGCAGUGCGUGGCGCACCUGGCCGACCACGCGGAAGCCGCCGACGCGACCUUUCGGUUGCCUUACAAGAUCGGGCGCACGACGGCGGACGUCGGCGGUCUCAGCCUCCUCUUCCUGCGGGACGAGGAGUCAUGGACGAAGGCUUGCAAAUCCAUCUUGACCAAUCUCAAGUGGCUGCUGGCAUGGGCGUCCAAGGGAUCGAGCGCACCAGGAGGGACCGAGGCGAGCCGCACUCUGCCGACCGCGCCAAGUGGUGGAGGAGGUUGAAAUGGGGACGGUGGGUUUAUGUUACUAAGAGCUAUCUGCUGUGCUGGUGCGUCUGGGCUAUUGAAACGAGUCGACCAGGAACACGACCGACUCGUCCACGCGCUUCCGCUUCUCGCCGCGAUGGGCUGUGAGGCAAAAGUGCAGGAGAAGCUCGGCCUCGUCACUGUGGUCUGGCACAGACCUCGACGUUCUGUGAUGGGCAGACGACUUUGUGUCGGCGGACGAGCUUCCUCUCUGUCGACCAGAUGAUGGAAUCGGCGUCUUCGGUGCUAUGGCUGGCUUGAUGGCGAGCGAUGUGAAAAACUCAUCUUCGAGGACCUGCAGCUCCAUGGCAGCUUUUUGGAUCGACUUGGCCGUCUCCGCGGUGCUCUCGAGUGCGCGAAAGAUCUGCUUCCCGAUCGAACUGUUUCCUUUGAGCUUCUUCGUCACGCGCAUGGCUUCACAAUUGAGCUUCUUGGACAGAUACCACCGCAAUGACGUGCCGUCUUCAAUGUCUAGCAGUCCGAGUCGGAAAAAGUGGAUCAUCUUGUUCGUGAACGCCUCUUCCUCAGGGGUCCACUUGCCACUGCGCAGCCCAGGCGGACACUUGGACUUGGUCGACCGCUUCGAGUCGCGUUUGUCGCCACCAAAGCGAGACGACGGCGAACUGCAGUCGUCCGCAUCGGAUGAAUUGUUGUCGCUCGAAUAGUUGACGGGAGGUGCUUGUGGAGGGGUCGGUGCACUCGAGUGAGGGACUGGCGCGAGGAGGGGCUUCGAAUGUGCCAACCCCGCGACCGACGGCGUCACGGAAGCUGGCGCGGCUGUCGGCAGGCGGAUGAGAAAUCCCAGCGGCGCAGAGGCUGGUGCUGCUGCGGACGGAGUUUCGUGAUGCUGCACAGUUAACAUAUAGUCAAUAUACGUAUCAAAGUCACUUUGGAUGCUUCGUGUGUGCGAGGCGAUCCACGGAGUGGCGGCGGCGGCGGCACGGGCGGGGUAUGGCGGUCGCAAAG